AUGACCAAGGAAGAGGAGAAGCGCCUCCUGCGCAAGAUUGACUGGGCCAUCGUGCCCUACUGCUCCCUCCUCUAUCUCCUGUCCUUCCUCGACAGAGUAAACAUUGGACAAGCGGCAGUGGCCGGCCUCAAGGCGGAUCUUGGCAUCACUGGCGGAAACAGUUACGCCGUCGCCCUGAGUCUCUUCUUUGUCGGCUACGUCGUCUUUGAGGUGCCGUCGAACCUCGCACUCAAGGCGCUCAAGCCUCAUCGCUGGAUCCCCUUCAUCAUGAUCUCGUGGAGCAUAGUCAUGGUCUGCAUGGGCCUCGUGCGGUCUGGCGCCGGCCUCAUCGCCGCUCGUUUCUUCCUCGGAGUUGCCGAAGGCGGACUGUUCCCGGGCAUCAACUUCAUGCUGACAUGCUGGUACUCGAGGCGGGAGCAGACGCUGCGCAUCUCCAUCUUCUUUGCUGGCGCCACACUGGCGGGUGCCUUUGGAGGCAUCCUUGCCUACGGUCUCAACAAGAUGGUUGCUACACCGGGCGGAUGGCGCUGGAUCUUCAUCAUCGAAGGCCUCAUCACCUUCGUCUGCGCGCUGCCGGCCUGGUGGGCCAUAGUCGACUUUCCCGCCGAAGACAACAAGCUGCUCAACAAGGAGGAGGCGCGCAAGUGGAACCACAAGCUGGCCAUCUCGCAGGGCGUCACAAACGCCAAUACGCCCUUUAGCUGGGCCCAGGUUCGCGAGGCCUUUCUCGACUGGAAGACGUGGAUGUACAGCCUUAUGUACAUCUCCAUUGCCAACCCGCUCUACUCGCUCGCGCUCUUUACGCCGACAAUCAUCCAGAGCCUCGACUUCAGCGGGGCGUCUGCCAACCUCCUCUCUGUGCCGCCCUACGUCGUCGGCUUCAUCACCACGCUCACCGUGGCCUACCUCUCGGACCGCACGAUGAUGCGCGGGCCCUUUAUCAUUGGCUCGAUGUUCGUCGUCGUCAUUGGCUACAUCAUUCUCAUCUGCGACGUCGCGCCGGGCGUCAAAUACUUUGCCAUUUUCCUCACCGUCGCCGGCGUCUCGCCGUCGAUUGGCACGAGCAUCGCCUUUGUCGGCUCCAACUUUGGCCCCGUGUACCGGCGCGCAACGACAAUGGGCAUCUACUUUACCAUUGGCAACUCGGCUGGCCUGGUCAGCUCCAAUGUGUACCCAAUGGCGGAUGCGCCGCGCUACAUCAAGGGCCACGCCAUCAAUCUCGGCUUCGCCGCCGUGGCCAUUCUCUCAUGCGCCGUGCUGAUGUUCCACAACAUCCGCGAGAACCGGCGAAGGGACGCGAUCUCGUAUGCGCACCCUGACGGACGGGACGUCGACCCCAGCCGGCUCGACGACGAGGCGGAAAAGAAGCGGUGGGGCUACGAGGGAAAGACGCGAGAAGAGCUGCUCAGCCUCGGUCACCGCCAUCUGGCUUUCCGUUAUGUAUGGUAA